AUGGAUAACUAUGACAUCAUGCGAAUGAUUGGAGAAGGAGCAUUUGGAAAAGCAUUUUUGGCAAAAGGAAAAAAAGACAACAUCCACUCUGUAAUAAAGGAGAUUAACAUUUCUAAGAUGCCUCCAAAGGAGAAAGAGGCAUCUCAGAAAGAGGUUACCCUUUUGUCUAAAAUGAACCAUCCAAAUGUUGUAACUUUCUUCACAUCAUUUAAAGAGAAGAAUAGUCUGUACAUUGUCAUGGAAUACUGUGAUGGCGGGGAUCUGGCGAAGAGAAUAAACAAGCAGAGAGGUGUUCACUUUGAUGAAGACCAGAUUCUCAGUUGGUUUGUGCAGAUUUCUUUGGGUCUAAAGCAUAUUCAUGACCGCAAAGUGCUUCACAGAGAUAUUAAAGCGCAGAACAUAUUUCUCACCAGUAAUGGGACAAUGGCCAAACUGGGAGAUUUUGGUAUAGCAAGAAUGUUAAACAGCACAAUGGAAUUGGCACGUACAUGUGUUGGGACUCCUUAUUACCUUUCUCCAGAAAUCUGUGAAAACAGGCCUUAUAAUAAUAAGACGGAUAUCUGGUCUCUUGGCUGUGUGUUAUAUGAACUGUGUUCCCUUAAACAUCCU